CCGCGGUUAACAAUCGUCGAUCGACGGUACAAUGUGUACGUGUCGACUCCGUUGCCCUGUGACCCAGUGUACCUUGCUUGGUUCUGAAACGCAACGCCCAGAAUACGUUUUUUUUUUUUUAAACUUAAACGGACGGCAUUGACUGGGGACGCCUGCGUGAGACCGCGCGGUUUGACGUCACAGCCCCCACUACUGCCUUUCAGGACUUCAAGUUUAAGUUGAGAAAAACUUAGUUGUCAUCGUCACCAUGUCCGUCCGGGUGUUAGAAAUUAUCUUUUUCCUCUACUUUGCUUCCCACAUUCCCAUCACGUUAUUUAUCGACCUACAAGCGCUGCUGCCUGAACAUGUGUAUCCGCAACCGCUCAAAGACCUGUUGAAGUGGUACACAGGGGAGUUCAAGGACCCGAUGAUGCUUGAUCCCCCGUACUGGUUCAAGUCCUUCAUCCUCAGUGAAGCCCUCUUACAGUUGCCUUUCUUUCCCGUUGCCGCCUACGCUUUUCUCAAAGGUGGCUGUAAAUGGAUCCGGGUUCCUACCAUUGUUUAUUCCUCACACGUGGCUACUACACUGCUACCAAUUCUAGCCCACGUCCUUUUCCAUGACUUCCCACUGAAACCCCACCCUGGGCCUCAGACUCUGAAGGAACGUUUGCUGCUCGUCUCCAUUUAUGCACCAUACCUGCUGGUGCCUGUGCUAAUGCUGCUCACCAUGCUAAUGUCGUCGACGUACAAAUCCACCUCCAAGUCCAAGACCAAGUCCAAGACCAAGAAGCACUGACACCUGUCUCAUCUGCUGUAAUCAAGUGUAGAAGAAGUGAAUUAAGCUAGUUGUCAGUGGGGUUUUUUUUGACACUUUCUUGGUGGAUACUGGGAAUUUUGUUUCACCUUAUUGUUCUGGUUUUUUAAAUUUUUUUUAUCUAAAGUCUAGAGAGCUGGCUGAUGGGAACUUUUUACAUUCUGCCCAUUUUUGCCAACAUUAGCUAUGUUUACGAAGACAGCGCUGUGAUGAUUUGGAAUACUACUAAACACUAAUCUGACACACACUGCAUGUGGAGAGAGGUUUCAGGUUAAACCACAGAAAUAAAAAUAGAUAUUUAAAGAAACAGGUAAUUUGUUCAUGACUUCUGGUUUGGUGUUAUUUAAUGUUUACUCCACAUAAACAUGAUUUAAUUUCAAGGCAAAGCUGCUUAAAGGAAAUGAAUUGUUAAGAUGGUUCUGAAGACUUUUGUGAUUAAAACUUAAUCUGCCUUAAAGAUGGCCAUUUGUCAACAUUUUACAUGAAUAUGAAGAGCAGUUUUUUUUAUUAUACAACAUUCUAAACAACCCAAACAUUUCCGUUUUGUUUUUGUUUUUUUUAGCAGUCAUAACCACCUUCAACCAGCAGAGGGCAGAAAAACACAAGGUCCAGUUAAGGUUCCUUACCUUCCGUAGAGUCCAUGAUUUUCUAUUUUGUUAUUACUGUCCUCGUUCACCACAUUUCACAGUUUGUUAUAUCAUAUUAUAUUAAA